GUCCGUAAGGGCUGGCUCUCCUGGCUCUCACCGGCGAAGAUGUUCAGAGCCAGCACUGCGGCAAUGGACGCGGAGAAAGCGCGCAGUCGUGCUUGGCAGCGCGCGGACGAGAGCUUUCUGCAGCAAGAAACUGAUGAGAUGAGCACCGACGGAUUCACGAAUGAGACAAUGUCGGCGCUGCUGCAGAUGCAGCAGGGCACUGCCUCAUCAUUCACGAAGCUGGCGCCACCGGUGGAGCCGGAGCACGAGAUGCCCGCAUUGUGGAGCUUGAGCGCGCACGAUGAGACCCACGAUUUCGACGAUAUUUUGGCGACGCAACAGAUGGGCCGCUUUCGCGCUUUUGCGACGGUCAGCGGGCGCGCUCUGCGUGACUUCGUGUCGAGCCACGCAAAUGCUGUCUCGGAAUUGCUGCGCACAGGAAUGGAGGAGUUCGGCGACAACUAUGAGAUGCAUCAAGACGCUCGUCUGCCGGGCCACGGGGCCGAGUUUCUGGAGGUGCCGCCGCAAAAGUUUCAAACCGAGGAUGGCGAUGAACUCACGGCACAGGCGAUGCUGGCGUCCGCAACCUCCUUCUCUUUCUUGGAGGCAGAGGGUGCGUCGUCAGCCAAAGAGAAGCCAUUCGUCUUCACCGGUGCGGCGAACAUGACUCCGGAAAUCUGGCAUCGGGAGCAAGCAAAAGGCGUGUGGGCGCCGUGGAUGUAUCGUCCGGACGUCCUGAAAAUCCUGG